CUCGUGUCAUUCAUAAAGAGAAAAACAAGAAGAAACAGAAGAGGAAGAGGAAGAGGAAGAUGAACGUGGAUCUGGAAUCCUUGGCAGAAGCCACUUCUGGAGCCAUAGGAUCAUUGCUUAGCACAACAAUUCUCUACCCUCUUGAUACUUGCAAGACUAAGUAUCAAGCUGAGGCACGUUCUAAGGGUAACAGAAAGUACAAGAAUCUCUCUGAUGUGUUAUGGGAGGCAAUAUCUAACCGUCAGAUUCUUUCCCUUUACCAGGGACUUGGAACAAAAAAUCUUCAAUCCUUCUUUUCACAAUUUGUCUACUUUUAUGGUUAUAGUUACUUUAAAAGACUGUAUCUAGAAAAAAGUGGAUAUAAGUCCAUUGGAACAAGAGCAAAUUUGUUAAUUGCUGCUGCUGCUGGGGCUGUCACUGCCAUCACAACUCAGCCCCUGGAUACAGCCUCUUCAAGGAUGCAGACAAGUCCCUUUGGAAAGGCUAAAGGGCUACUGAGAACCCUUACAGAAGGCACAUGGAGUGAUGCAUUUGAUGGCCUUAGCAUUUCCUUGAUGCUCACCUCUAACCCUGCAAUUCAGUAUACAGUGUUUGAUCAGCUGAAAAACCGAGUACUGACAAACAAUCAAACCAUAGCUGAGAAAGGAGUAUCUCCAGCAUCGCUGUCUGCGUUUAUGGCCUUUCUUUUAGGUGCAGUUUCAAAGAGUAUUGCUACCUGUCUAACAUAUCCUGCUAUCAGGUGCAAAGUCAUAAUUCAAGCUGAAGACACGGAUGAAGAAUCUUCCAAAAAACUGAUAAAAUCACCGAAAACUGUGUCCAGUGUUGUCAUCGGAAUAUGGAAACAGGAGGGCUUAUUGGGCUAUUUUAAAGGAUUGCAUGCUCAGAUAUUGAAAACUGUUUUGAGCUCAGCAUUGCUCUUGAUGAUCAAGGAAAAGAUCUCAGCCACUACUUGGGUCCUUAUACUUGCAAUUAAAAGGUAUCUAUUACUCCCAAAGGGUAGGGUUAAAAACGUGUAAUAUAGUCGUUAUUGGAGGAAGAAGCUUCGAUGCAAUGUGUGCAUUUUGACAAAUACAUCCAUUUCGUUUGAGCUGAGACGGAGUUCUUUUUCUGGCUUCUCUUUGGUCCUAUGCCCUUCGCUUGUUGAUGUAGAACAACUAGUCCAAGAAUUUACGCAAAUGCGCAAUAGACCAUAGCAAGGCUGAAAGUCUUAAUAAAAUGCAUUCGAGUUUUGAUUUGUUAUAUUUCAUAUAAUAAAUAAUAAUGUUACGUCUUAGUUUUUGUUUAUAGUUGAUUUUUUGGUAUGUUGUGGAAGUCCUACAUCAGAAGGAUAUAAGUUAAGAAUAGUUUAGGUGCUUCAUAAAUAAAAUAAGCACCCUCUUCAUGUAGUAACUUCAGUUUCAGGUUAAUAAAGUUUGUUAUUUUUCUUA